AUGCCUACACUGAAUAUCCCCACUGGCAAUUCCACCAUCAGCGAGCCUGUCAGCGAUGAGCAGCUCUCGGGCGAUAGGGUGACGGAUAUAAAGAAGGCUCUCGAGACGAUCGAUCUGAAGAACGAUUUCCGAAACAUCGAGCAGAUCCCCUGCAUCAGGCAGAGCUUGCUCUCGGGCAUCGCAGGGGGUGCUGGGAUUGGCGCUGUUCGAUAUCUCGCCUCGAGAUCACCAAGAGCCGGAGCGAAUUGGGCAGUGGCAAGUUUUGUAAUCGUCUCGAUAUUCCAAUGCGCGUCGGAAACAGCUCGAAGACAUGAGAAGGAUACAGGAGCGCUUCCCACACAUAUCUAA